GAGGUGAUGGCUGCGUUCAAGUUGGAUUUCCUCCCAGAGAUGAUGGUGGACCAUUGCUCCUUGAAUGCUAGCCCUGUCUCAAAGAAAAUGAAUGGCACACUGGAUCACCCAGACCAACCUGAUCUAGAUGCUAUCAAGAUGUUUGUGGGUCAGGUCCCACGGAGCUGGUGUGAGAAGGAUCUAAGAGAACUUUUUGAACAGUAUGGUGCUGUCUAUGAAAUUAAUGUCUUGAGGGACAGGAGCCAAAACCCUCCUCAAAGCAAAGGGUGCUGUUUUGUUACAUUUUAUACCCGUAAAGCUGCACUAGAAGCACAGAAUGCUCUUCACAACAUGAAGAUCCUCCCAGGGAUGCACCAUCCUAUCCAGAUGAAACCAGCUGACAGUGAAAAGAGUAAUGCAGUAGAAGAUAGGAAGUUGUUUAUUGGAAUGAUAUCCAAGAAGUGCAAUGAAAAUGAUAUCCGAGUGAUGUUCUCCCCCUUUGGGCAGAUUGAAGAAUGCAGGAUAUUACGGGGCCCAGAUGGCCUGAGCCGAGGUUGUGCGUUUGUGACUUUUACAACAAGAGCCAUGGCACAAACAGCAAUCAAAGCAAUGCACCAAGCACAAACCAUGGAGGGUUGCUCUUCCCCCAUUGUGGUAAAAUUUGCAGACACGCAGAAGGACAAAGAGCAGAAACGAAUUGCUCAGCAACUCCAGCAACAAAUGCAACAGAUCAGUGCUGCCUCAGUAUGGGGAAAUCUGGCUGGUCUCAACACACUUGGACCCCAAUACUUAGCACUUUAUUUGCAGCUCCUUCAGCAGACAGCAGCUGCGUCUUCUGGGAACCUGAACACAUUGAGCAGCCUCCACCCAAUGGGAGGACUGAAUGCGAUGCAAUUACAGAACCUGGCCGCAUUAGCAGCUGCGGCCAGUGCAGCUCAGAAUACACCAAGUGGUACCGCUGCACUCACUUCCUCCAGCAGUCCCCUGAGUGUUCUCACCAGCUCAGGUUCCUCACCUAGUUCCAGUAGCAGCAGCUCCGUUAAUCCAAUGGCUUCUCUUGGAGCAUUGCAGACACUGGCAGGGGCUACAGCAGGCCUCAACGUUAGCUCUUUAGCAGGAAUGGCAGCCUUAAAUGGAGGACUUGGCAGUGGUGGUCUCUCAAAUGGGACAGGUAGCACAAUGGAAGCUCUUACGCAAGCUUAUUCUGGAAUCCAGCAAUAUGCUGCUGCUGCAUUGCCCACGCUCUAUAACCAGAGUCUCUUAACACAGCAGAGUAUUGGUGCAGCAGGAAGUCAAAAAGAAGGUCCAGAGGGAGCCAAUCUGUUUAUCUACCAUCUCCCCCAGGAGUUUGGGGAUCAGGAUCUGCUGCAGAUGUUCAUGCCAUUUGGAAAUGUUGUCUCUGCCAAGGUUUUCAUUGACAAGCAGACCAAUCUAAGCAAGUGUUUUGGUUUUGUAAGUUAUGACAAUCCUGUCUCUGCACAGGCUGCCAUUCAGUCAAUGAACGGCUUUCAGAUUGGCAUGAAGCGUCUGAAAGUACAGCUCAAGCGCUCUAAGAAUGACAGCAAGCCAUACUGAGCGCCCCUCCCCUCCGGGACUGGAGUGAGAAGGAUCUUCUGGUAAGUUGGAGAGGAGCGCUCUUAGUGAUUCGAAGCCCUAAGGCUGUGUUUUUACAGUCCUGGAAGCUGAUCCAUGCCUUCUAUCUGGCACAUCUUCCCCCUGAAGACUCGGCUGCAGCCUCUGCUGAGAAUCCCGCUUCGGAUGGAGGACAAGUUUGUGCUUUUGUUUCCAGUGUUUUACUUUGGAGUUUAGGUGCCAUAUCGCUGAGGUUUUGUUUUGUUUUUUUUUUUCCUCCCUUAUUUGAAGUUUGCUGUGUUUGUAACCAGUGUGUGUUGAGAAGGACCAAUGCCAGCUCCUUGGGGGUGGGGAGGAAAGGUUAAAGGGAGCAGCAGAAACUGACACCACACUGCCUUGAGGUGGAGAGGAGAAGGGGAAGCAGAAAUAACACAGAACAGCUGAUCAAAACAAAGAUCAGGAAGGAGAACUGAGUCCAUCCAAGUUUGGGUGAGCAAAGAACCGACUCCAUGUAGCCUUUGUCAUGCCCCUUCCACUCUUUGAAAUUUCCUUAACUGUAUGCCAUGGUGGGGAUUUAGUAAAUCAUCUCUAAAGCAGGAGACAGGCUAGAAGGGUGAAUACAUUAACAAGCCGAAGGAAAACUGCAGUGAUUUUUUUUUUUUUUUGCUGUAUAUACAGUAGUGUUCGUGUAGCACUGUGAAUGUACACAGCACUUUAUAAAAUUACUACAUAAUGUCCCUCCCCAAAAAUUUCACUGUCCGUUUACAGUUGAAUUUUAAUGAGAUGCAGUGAAUUUCUCCAUAUUUAAGAAAACUUACCGUAUGUACUUUAUCUAGGUGUUGUAGAAAGGUAGAGAGAGAGAUAGCUUAGUCUGGAUGAAUACAUCUGGGGCUGGAAACCAGAAAUUUUUGAUCCCUGGUAAUCUGCAGAAUUUUUUUGACAAUUUUUCUUAACAGUUCAUCACAUUCCCCACUUCUGUGGGAUAAUGUCCUUUUUGCAGAGUAUUAUUUGAAUUCAUUCUGAUAAGCAUAAUGUAAGUGCUGUUCAUUUCUCUAUUAAAUGACUGUUAAAUUGAGAUACAAAGCCCAGAACUACCCUAACACAGCUCUUGAGGCUUCUGUUUCAUACCUGUUCUCCUGGGAUUUGAUUUCUUAGUCUCAACUCUGUUGCAAAGAUAACUUCCUGGGUUUUUAAAAAAAAAAAAAAAAAAAAAAAAAA